CAGACUUGAUUGGAUUUUUCAAAGAUAAUUAAUAUUUUUAAACGAUUUUAGCUAUGCUUUUGUAGAAGUCAACUAUGUUUGAUAGCAGGUUAUGGAGAGAUAUUAUAUUUCUUUUGCUGUCUCAAACAAUAAUUACUUCUGGAAAUCGGACGUCACCAAAUACGGAAUUUUGUGCAAGCACUGAUCAAGUGUACACAUUUGAAAGACCACAUAAAACAGUUUCACUAUCUUUAAAACGAUUACAUUCAGAAAAAUCUUCGAAAACUUUUGACCAAUCAAUUGUAUCACAUAAUUUUGUGCAUCUAAGGACUCUUUAUGAAGCAGUGUCAGUACCGUUUCGUAAUGAAAUUCUUGAAGAUGACACCAUUUGCGGAAGCGAUGUUAAAACUUACAAUGUUCAAGACUUUAAAUCUGCCACGAAAUUUAAUCUUGAUCUUAAGGUAAUACAUUUAGGUCCUUGUGUGUUACAAUUACAAGAAUUCCGUGAACUUCAUCCAUACCGUCGUUGCACCAGUUGCAUAUAUAAUUGGUUACCAAAAUUCGAAAAUGUGGUGUCCGAAUCUUCGGUCACUAGUGUUCCUGAACUUUCGGACAGUGUUAGAGACUCAGAUGAAGAUUCUAACAGAAACCCUGGGAAAAAUCCCAAUUUAGGGGAUAAUUCCAAAACUGAUAGUGACUUCAGUUCCAAUUCAGUGGAUAACAAAGGCGUAGAAGAGAAAAAAGUCAAAUAUAAAUUGACAAACGUUUUCGGAGAUCCAGGUGUUACUCUUGGUGCUUUGGUGGAGAAUUCCGACGAAGGCUUGGAAGAUUUAGGUGAUGGCAAAGGGAAAGUAAAUGGAAAACAAUUCGAAAAGGUGAAAAACCUUUUUAAAGAAGAGGAUGCAGGAAAUGGCAAUGGUAAGGGCAAAGAAAAGGGAAAAGGGAAUGGCAAAAAAAAGAAGAAAGGUAAGAAAAAACCAAAGAAAAACCAAAAAUUAAAACAUAAACCUAAAAAAUACAGACUUUUUGGUCCUCCAAAACGUGAAAAAUUAAAAUACUAUGAAGGUAAUGGCGGUGUAGGUGGUUAUCACGAUGGAUAUGAUCAUGGCCAUGGGUAUACUGGUCCGUAUACGAUACCAGGUGCGCCAAUCAUGCCUGGUAACUCUCCCAAUAUGCCGGGUUAUGGUGGUAACGGUUAUCCUAACCAUCCUGGUAUACCUAAUGGGCCAGGGAAUUAUCAUGGAACCGGUGGUAACAAUCAUUAUAACGCUCCUAAUAUGCCAGGAUAUGGUGGUAACGGUUAUCCUAACCAUCCUGGUAUUCCUAAUGGGCCAGGGAAUUAUCAUGGAACCGGUGGUAACAAUCAUUAUAUCGCUCCAAAUAUGCCGGGAUAUGGAGGUAACGGUUAUCCUAAUCAACCUGGUAUAACUAAUGGGCCAGGGAAUUAUCAUGGAACCGGUGGUACCAAUCAUUAUAACGCUCCAAAUAUGCCGGGAUAUGGAAGUAACGGUUAUCCUAAUCAACCUGGUAUAGCUAAUGGUCCCGGGAAUUAUCAUGGAACCGGUGGUAACAAUCAUUAUAACGCUCCAAAUAUGCCGGGAUAUGGUGGUAACGGUUAUCCUUACCAUCCUGGUAUACCUAAUGGGCCAGGGAAUUAUCAUGGAACCGGUGGUAACAAUCAUUAUAACGCUCCAAAUAUGCCGGGAUAUGGUGGUAACGGUUAUCCUUACCAUCCUGGUAUACCUAAUGGGCCAGGGAAUUAUCAUGGAACCGGUGGUAACAAUCAUUAUAACGCUCCAAAUAUGCCAGGAUAUGGUGGUAACGGUUAUCCUAACCAUCCUGGUAUACCUAAUGGUCCUGGGAAUUAUCAUGGAACCGGUGGUAACAAUCAUUAUAACGCUCCAAAUAUGCCGGGAUAUGGUGGUAACGGUUAUCCUAACCAUCCUGGUAUACCUAAUGGGCCAGGGAAUUAUCAUGGAACCGGUGGUAACAAUCAUUAUAACGCUCCAAAUAUGCCAGGAUAUGGUGGUAACGGUUAUCCUAACUAUCCUGGUUUACCUAAUGGUCCCGGGAAUUACCAUGGAACCGGGGGUAACAAUCAUUAUAACGCUCCAAAUAUGCCAGAAUAUGGUGGUAACGGUUAUCCUAACUAUCCUGGUUUACCUAAUGGUCCCGGGAAUUACCAUGGAACCGGUGGUAACAAUCAUUAUAUCGCUCCAAAUAUGCCAGGAUAUGGUGGUAACGGUUAUCCUAACCAACCUGGUAAUGUUCCCGGAGGUCCAAUUGCUCCCGGGGGCUUUCAUGAUACCGGUUAUUUUAAUCCUAAUAUGCCAGACUAUGGAGAUUAUGGUUAUCCCAUUUCUCCUGGUGGUCCCGGGCCAUGGGUUCCCGGAGGACAUGGAUGGACACCUGGCAUGGAUAUAUGUCUUACAAAAUAUGGUAAAUAUGCAUGCGACAAAGAUAGUAAUGACAUGGCCAUGAAAAUAGCAUCAGAUAUUAUGGGAAUGGUAUUAGGCUAAGUUACUGAGGCCAAAACUAACGUAAGACAUGAUAUUACAUUCACAAUUCUUUUGGAAUGUUCACUAAAUCCCAAGCAUAAUUUCAUAGAAUUUCAAGAAGUGGGCCCUCAGACCACAGUACCACACGCAGAUAAAUGUUCUCACGUUAGAAACGUAAUUCUUUAAUUUACUUCUUAGAAUAUAAUUCUUAAAAUUCUGGAAUUUGAAAUUAAAUGUUGUUUUCCAUUAUCAUUAUUGAAGAGUGCGACUCGGCCUACAAUUAAUCAAUGUUUAGUCUCUUCUAUUUUUUUUUUUUUUCAUUUAGAUAAGCAGCUAAGUACAGUGUACUUAUACUGCUACUAGGUCAAAUUCAAUGCCUUAUUUUACAAGUACAAUUUUGUGAAAUACUUGAUAAAAUGUAUUUCUUAAUAAUUGUAACUACUCAUGUGAUAAUGUAAGGUGCAAUUAGAAAAUCAUCUAUAAAAUAAAGACAAAUAUUAUU